UGUGGGAGGUGCCGGGGUGGCGAGGGCAUGCGGCUGCUUUGCUUGGAGGAUCUUCUCCCGUUCUUUCUCCGCAGGCUGUGCAAUGGCAAAGGACAAACCCUGUGCAUCCUCCUUACGAUGCCCUGGAGAGGAAGCGAUCACCAUGCGUCCAGUUCAGGGAUUGAUUAACAUUGAGGAGGUCUCCUUCAGUGUUACUGACGAGGAAUGGGCCCUGCUGGAUCCAGGACAGAGAACUCUGUGUGAGGAGGUCAUGCUGGAGAUUCAUGAGAUGGUGGUAUCUGUGGGAGAUGUUUGGGGGAUCCAGACUGAGAGGGAACCAUCAGAAGUGGCACCUGAAAGUGCUGAGGAGCAGGAGGAGCAACGAAAACUGCAGGUUCAAGUUGGAACCAGGAGACAAGAGGGGAGAGAAAUUCAGAAGGCAGGGAGAGAUUCCACUGCUUCUCAGGUUAAUGGAAACCAAAUCACCAAAGGGGAGAAAAAGUAUAAAUGUAAAGUGUGUGGAAAGAGAUAUCCUUCUCGCUCAAGGCUUACUUCACAUCAAAGAGAGCACUCGGGUGAAAAACCAUAUGAAUGCCAGGAGUAUGGAAAAAGCUUCAUUCACAAUGAGUCCCUCGCUAAGCAGGGAAGCACUCAUAUGGGGGACAAGCCUUAUAAAUGUUUGGAGUGUGGAAAGAGCUUCAAUAAAAGUGGAGAGCUCACUUCCCAUCAAAGAAUUCAUACAGGGGAGAAACCUUAUGAAUGCUUGGAGUGUGGAAAGAACUUUAGGCACAAUGCAUCCUUCCUUAAGCAUCAAAGAAUUCAUACAGGGGAGAAACCUUAUGAAUGUUUGGAGUGUGGAAAGAGCUUCAGUCGCACAGACUCCCUUACUUUGCAUCAAAGAAGUCACACAGGAGAAAAACCUUACAAGUGUUUGGAAUGUGGAAAGAGCUUCAUUAAGAGUAGCCACCUCACAAGACAUAAAAGAACUCAUACAGGGGGGAAACCUUAUAGAUGCUGCAAGUGUGGAAAGAGCUUCAGACAACGUGACUAUCUCACUGCCCAUCAAAGAACUCAUACAGGAGGGAAACCUUUCAAGUGUUUGAAAUGUGGAAAGAACUUCAGUUGCACAGACUCCUUUACUUUGCAUCAAAGAACUAAUGCAUGCAGAAAGCCUUAUAAAUGUCUGGAAUGUGGACAGAACUUCAAUAGGAGAGGCCAGCUCACUAGACAUGAAAGAACUCAUACAGGGGAGAAACCUUAUAGAUGCUGGGAGUGUGGAAAGAGCUUCAUUGACAGUAGCUCUCUCACCUCUCAUCAAAGAAUUCAUACAGGGGAGAAACCUUAUAAAUGUUUCGAGUGUGGAAAGAGCUUCCUUCGGAGUGACUCUCUCACUAUGCAUCAAAGAAUUCAUACAGGAGAAAAACCUUACAAGUGUUUGGAGUGCGGAAAGACCUUCAUUCGCAGUAGCAACCUCACAAGACAUAAAAGAACUCACACAGGGGGUAAGCCUUAUAGAUGCUGCGAGUGUGGAAAGAGGUUUAGUGACAGUGACACUCUUACGAAACAUAAAAGAACUCACACAGCGGGAAAAACUUUUAAGUGUUUGAAGUGUGGAAAGAACUUCGGUAGCAAAGACUCCCUUACUUUGCAUCAAAGAACUCAUGCAGGUAGAAAGCCUUAUAAAUGUCUGAAAUGUGGAAAGAACUUCAAUCGGAGUGGCCAGCUCACUAUACAUGAAAGAACUCACACAGGGGAGAAACCUUAUAGAUGCUGGGAGUGUGGAAAGAGCUUCAGUCAGAGUGCCGCCCUUAAUCAACAUCUUAUAACUCAUACAGGGAAGAAACCUUAUAAAUGUUUCGAGUGUGGAAAGAGCUUCCGUAAUGGUGACUCUCUCACUAUGCACCAAAGAAUUCAUACAGGGGAGGAACCUCAUGCAUGUUUGGAGUGUGGAAAGAGCUUUCGUUAUCCUGCAUCCCUUACCGUUCAUCAAAGAACUCAUACUGAGGAAAAGCCUUACAGAUGCUGGGAGUGUGGAAUGAGCUUCAGGGAAAGAAGCCACCUUCGUUCGCAUCAAAGAACUCAUACGGGGGGGAAACCUCAUGAAUGUUUGCAGUGUGGAAAGACAUACCGGCACAGUAGCUCUCUUACCUCACAUCAAAGAACUCAUACAGGGGGAAAACCUUAUAAAUGCUGUGAGUGUGGAAAGAGCUUCAUUGACAGUAGCUCUCUUAGCUCACAUCAAAGAAUUCAUACAGGGGGAAAACCUUAUAAGUGUUGUGAGUGUGGAAAGAGUUUCAGGAAGAGUGGCCACUUUAAUCAGCAUCUGAGAACUCAUACAGGGGGAAAAACCAUAUAAACGUUUGGAGUGCAAGAAGAGCUUUAAUCAGAGUAGCCAACUUACUAAACAUAAGAGGUUUGGUAGCAGAACCUACCUGACUAGACCUCAAAGAACUCAAAUAGGGGAAACAUCUUAGAAAGGGUUGGAGUGUAGAGAGAUCUUCAGUCAUAUCAAGAGAUCCUACAGGGAGCAUAUGAAAGAUUGUGCUGAGUGCUAGAAUUGGCUUCUGAAUCUUUAAUUUUCCUUAACUCUUUUUUCGUAAUUGGAUUUUUUUUUGGCCUUCCAUUUUGGAGGAGAAGCCUGCCUCUUCAGUAUAGAGGCAAUUUGUGGCCCUUCUCCUUUAAGCCAGUGUGCGGUACUACCAAGAGUCCAAAGAUUGCUCUCCUUGAUUUCUUAUUCUUCCAGUGCAUUUCACCAUUUCUGCAUAUUCCAUUAAUUUUAAUUGAAAAUCUUCCUUAGUGGACUUUUAAAAAUAGGAUGACGAAAAUGUAUUGAUUAUUUGAGGACACAUUGUAAACAAAACGUUAGCGGGAUUGAUAUAAACACAUGCAGUAAGAGAUAAUUAAGGGGAGGAUGAGGUGAAAAUUAGAAAUAUACUGUAUUUGAGUUGGAUAUGCCGUAACAAAAAUAUAUGAAAGAAAUAACCGCAGAA